AUGAGACAAUCAACGUUGAAAAACAGAAAAUUAGUUAUAAACGGACGUGGGCUACACUUAGCCAUCAAAGGUUGGACCUUGGGCGUCGUGGUCCCUGCCCCUUCACUCAUAUCAAUCUCCCCAACCUUUUCCCAAUUGAAGCACUGGAUCAACGAGCCCAGCCCCAGCCCAAGUGUUAAAAGGCCCAAAUUCUCACCUGGGCAGGCCCGCCUCCCCGACCCAAACGGGAAAAACUUGAAGCCUAACUCUUUCUUCCCGUCUAACGGCUCGAACCUCUCGGGCCUGAACCUCUCCGGGUCGGCCCACACAUUUGGGCUGUGGUGGAUCUCCCAUAUGUUGACCAACAGGAUGGUCCCCGCCGGAACCCUGUGCCUGCCGACGGCGCACUCGGCUGAGGAGCGGUGGGGCAUCAGCAUCGACACCGGCGGGUGGAGGCGGAGCGUUUCGAGGACGACGUGGCGGAGGUACGGCAGCGCCGCCACGUCGGAUUCGGAGAUGAGGCGGCCGUGGCCCACGUGGGCGUCGAUUUCGGAUUGGGCCUUUAUGAGGGUUUCUGGGUUUUCGAGCAGAAGGGUGAAGGCCCAUUCGAGGGCGAUGGUUGAUGUUGAUGAUCCUCCUUGGAGUAAGACCUGA